AGAGGGAAGUGGCCCUCGCCUACAGCUCGGGCCGGCCGGGACUACAUUUCCCGUGGGGCCUGGCGGCAGCAGCGGCGGACGACGGCGCGGUGGCGUCGCCCGGAAGUGAAGCCCGGGACUUCCACUCGUGCGUGAGGCGAGCGGAGCCGGAGACGAGACCCCGAGGCUGAAUUCCGGAUCAGACAAGAUGGCCGGGCUGCCCCGCAGGAUUAUUAAGGAAACCCAGCGUUUGCUGGCAGAACCAGUUCCAGGUAUAAAAGCAGAACCAGAUGAAAGCAACGCACGUUAUUUUCAUGUGGUCAUUGCAGGCCCACAGGAUUCCCCCUUUGAGGGAGGGACUUUUAAACUUGAACUAUUUCUUCCAGAAGAAUACCCAAUGGCAGCUCCUAAAGUACGUUUCAUGACCAAAAUUUAUCACCCUAAUGUAGACAAGUUGGGAAGAAUAUGUUUAGAUAUUUUGAAAGAUAAAUGGUCUCCAGCGUUGCAGAUCCGUACAGUGCUGCUCUCAAUCCAAGCUUUGUUAAGUGCUCCCAAUCCAGACGAUCCAUUAGCAAAUGAUGUAGCCGAGCAGUGGAAGACCAAUGAAGCCCAAGCCAUAGAAACAGCCAGAGCAUGGACUAGGCUAUAUGCCAUGAAUAAUAUUUAAAUUCAAUCUCAACAUCAAGUGUGCAUCACUUCUCCUGUUCUGCGAAGACCUCUUCCUUUUUUGUUUGCAUUUAAUGGACACAGUCUUAGAAACAUUACAGAAUAAAAACCCAGACCAUCUUCAGUCCUUUGGUGAUUAAAUGCACAUAGCAAAUCUCUGUCUUGUCCUGAUUCACUGUUGUAACGCAUGAGCAGAGGCUAGAAGUAUCAUCUGGAUUGUUGUGAAAUUGUUUAAAAGCAGUGGCCCAGCUCUGCUUUUAUUCAUUUCUCCCAUCAUGGUUUAAGUAUCAGCACUGUGAAUGAAAGUAGUUGUCGGUUAGCUGCAGGGGUGUGUCUUUUUUCCUUCAAGUUUUGUGGGCUCCUUUUCCCUUUUUAUGGUGAUGCUAAUUGCAUUGGUUAAAGCAGCUAACCAGUUGUACUUUAGAAUAUGCCCUCUAGCCAAGUCUAACUCCUUAGAAGCUGUAGAUGGACAAGCUUGGUUGUUUGAACAAAAAUGGGAACAUUAAACAUCACAGCCCUCAUUAAUAUCGUGGUUCUGCUGUCAAGUGUAGAAAUCUCCCUUCAAGAAAAGCUUGUGACCAUUUUGUAUGGCUUGUCUGGAAACUUCUGUAAAUCUUAUGUUUUAGUAAAAUAUUUUUUGUUAUUCUACUUUGCCUUUGUACAGUUUAUUUUGCUGUGUUUAUUUCGUUUCCCUGAUGUGACAAUCGUAUUUGAAGAUUAAAACUAGUCUAGAACAUUUUAUGUUUUGGGUCUUCGCCAUCUGACAUUAAAUAGUUAGUAAGACAUGGACUUUGCCAAUUUCUUUUCAUUGAUGCAGAUAUGUGAUAAAAUGCUGCUAAAAGAAUACUCAUAAAUCGAUCCCGAGAGUGCAGAAAUCUCUUCAGUGACUGACAUGUAAAUUAAAACAAACCUAAAGUGUACAAAAUUAUCACUGUCUGAUCAGUUAGAUGACAAUUGGUAUCUAGACCUAGAAUGUUAGACAAUUACUGUCCAGGGAAAGACUGAUCGCAAGCAGCAGUUGUGAUUGGCAAGUGUGUAACUUUUCUUUUGUGCCACAUCAUGUCUGGCAUUGAUAUGGACAUAUUAUUGUUUUAUUUCUUCCCAGUUUGUCUGAAUUUAAUACAUGACCUUUUGUAUUUUUUAGGACAACAAAGAUAGAUUUGCUAGUUAUUCAAUAUUUGCUAAGCCAUUUAUUACAAUCUUAUCUACAGACCAGAUGAACAAAAUAUCGACCGGCCAAAUUGAAUUACUAGAUUUCUUCAUUUGAAAGUCCCCAAUUUUUAGUGUAAUAUAAUCAGUCUCUAAAGUUCCUUCAUAAUCACUUCCUGAUGAUCCCUCUAGGUAUUCCUUAAAGGAGCCCCCCUCCUGCCUUUUUUAUCCUCCUUUGAUUUGAUUUCUCAUGAUUUUUUUUCGGUUGUCCUAUCUUUUUCUCUCUGCACUUUUCUCGCUCUGCAUAUUUGAUUUCUUUUUAUUUUUAAGCCAAUCAUAUGGCCAGUCAGUCUGAGUUAUGUUCAUGUUAAUUUGCAGGUGGAACUUUUGUCUCUUGCAGUUCAAGGUGAUGGUUAUGUAGCCCAUCUGAAUUUUCCCCACUCUUAUCUCGUAUCAUCUGGAGUUUCUUCAGAAUGUGGUGUAUUUUAUUGUGCUCCUAUGUAAGAUGAAGAAUUAUCUAUUAAAAUUACAUUUUCAACAUA